CGCACCACUUUCCCUUGAGAGAGAGAGGACAAACGGAGCAACGGGAUUGUCGCCAAGCUGAGAGCGCCGACAGCUUCGAGCGAAUGAUGGUCCCUAUCGUGGUCUUCGUGGCCCUCGCGUCGCUUGCCGGUGCCGUCCCAUUCGUGGUGGAACCGCGGCACUGCCCGGACCCGGGCCUGCUGGCUUGGCCUCACCCGACAGCUUGCGACCGUUACACCCGCUGUGAGAACGGCACAGUCACCGAGGAGGUAUGCCCCAACGGACUUCUUUUCGACCCCAACGGAGGAAUCUAUGACUUCUGCAACUACAACUGGCGUGUGGACUGCGGGGACCGCAUCGAAAAGCCGGGUCCCAUUCCUUCACCUGACUGCCCGUGGCAAUUUGGAAUCUUUCCCAGCGGCAGUUGCUUGCAGUACUUCAAGUGCGAGUUUGGGCUCGCCAACUUGACCAAUUGUGAACCAGGACUUGCGUAUGACGAUGUCACACACUCCUGCAACUGGCCGGACCUAGUCGACGGAUGUGACUCUGAAGCGAUCGUGGGAUUCCGGUGCCCGGACAAGGUGACCGGUCCUGGUGCAAAGUUCUACCCGUACCCACGCUAUCCGCAUCCGGCCGAUUGCACGCGCCUUAUUACCUGCGUCAACGACAAGCCACGUCUCAUCAGCUGCGGAUACGGCAAGGCCUUCAGUCACUACAGUUACACUUGCGAAGACGCCGCAAAUGUGCCCGACUGCCCUCUUGCCCACUUCCAGAAGAAGUGAAGAGCCUCCUGCAAAAGAGCAGUUCCACCU